AUGCCCGACUAUACCCUCUACACCUACUUCCGCUCGUCCUGCUCCGGCCGCCUGCGCAUCGCGCUGCACCUCAAGAACCUCGACUACACGCCCGUGUAUGUCAACCUGCUGCAGGGCGAGCAGGCGUCUGCCGCGCACCGGGCGCUGAACCCGUCGGCGACGGUGCCGCUGCUCGUCGCGCACGCCGACGGCGACCUGCGCAUCGGGCAGUCCAUGGCGGCGCUCGAGUACCUCGACGAGAAGCACCCGGGGGUCGCGCCGCUGCUGCCCGCCGACGCCGUGUCACGCGCCCGCGCCCGCGCGCUCGCCAACAUCAUCGCUUGCGACGUCCAGCCCGUCACCAACCUGCGCAUCCUGAAGCGCCUGCGCGCCAUCGACGCCGACGCGCAGGCGUGGAGCGUCGAGCUCAUCAGCGACGGCCUCCGGGCGUACGAGGAGACGGCCGCCGCCAGCGCCGGCAGGUACUCGGUCGGCGACGCCGUGACGGUGGCCGACGUGGCCCUGAUGCCGGCUGUCUGGGGUGCCGAGCGCUUCGGCAUCAGCCUGGAUCCGUACCCCGCGGUCAAGAAGAUUGCGGCCAACCUGAGCGAGCAUCCGGCCUUUCGGAAGGCGCACCCGUUUGUGCAGCCGGACUGCCCCGAUGACCUCCGCUCCAAGUCUUGA